AGGAAAUGCGGACGUAAGCCCAGGUGCCAGCGGCGGACUUGCUGAAAACCAGUACGAGCUAGAUGGAGAACCCUCUGGCGGAGUCGACAACACUUAUGAUACAGUGAACAACCCUGGAGCAACCGGAACUAAGAGCAAACCGCCAGAAAAUACUACUCCCGAUGUGUAUGCCGCUGUGGACAAGAAAAACAGGGAAGGAAAACCGGUACGUCAAGGUUUUAACCUUUAACCUGUGUUAUAUUAGUGAGUUAGCCAAUACAGCGGCAACAUCAAUGAAGACGUGAUCAACAACAAUGAAUUUUUUCUCUAAAGCUUUGGUCCAUAUGGCCGUAACGGUCGUAAAGAUUGGGUCACGAUCUUUUUCAUCAGCCGAAUAAAAUAUUUUAGAACUGAAAAUACGAGGAAUGAUUAUAACUAGAAAACGAACUGCCGACUUUUUUACGGUGUCGAAGCGGUGCAGGAAUUUUUUUCUAUGUAUUCCCUAAUUGUUUGCACGAUUUUUUUCAAAUUCCAUUCUGUGUGAUUUUUUGGGAAUCUACACCCUUCCCCCCCCCCCCGACCUACUUCUUAGGAUACCUAAUGGUCCACCCAUUCACGACACCAUUAGCAUCAGCCCACUUUGGUCUGCCGGUAUUUUUUUUAAAUGGUAGUAUACCUUUGAGUAUAUGCGUGAACUUGAGGUUAGAGAACUGGACUCUGUAGUUGGUUAGGGCGCGCACCGGAUCGCAGGGUCAACGGUUUGAUUUCUGCCAGGGAUCUAUAGCUGCAUUUUUUCCACCUGUUUCUGGUUAGGUCUAAUAAAUGUGAUAUAAAAUUUACACUCGAUAAUUUCCAUCAGCGGCCUCUUUUGAACCUUCUUUAAAAUACGAGAUAUUCUUACUUCUCAAAAGUGACUUAUUCUUCUUUUGCAGUUAUAUGCAACGCUUGACUCACUUGCUCUAGAACAAGCAGAUAAUUCGAAAAAGAAACGAGAUGAAGAACGUGCUGGACAAACUGAGUAUGCGAGCAUCGACUUCGCCAAGAUUGGGAAGGCUGACCAAGAGUGA